GCACUGGCAGGCCGAAGGAUUCAAGGACAUCAUGACAGGCAUCACGAGAGUAUUUACCUACGCCGACAGUAACAUUCCCGUGCGGUACCAAGCUCUGAUGAAGAAGAUCGAGGAAAUGGGCGCGAGGAAAGUGGGUCGGUUCGUCGUCCAUUGUCGCAUGCUGUCACGUCGCGUGCUUCUCGAAGGCUACGCGAACCAGCGCAUGUACUUGCUGCGCAUGUCUCACAACGAUGACCUCAUCUAUGCCGUUCUGGGCAACGAGCGCACUGACGCGUCGUUGGGGAUUAAGUUGGAGAAGGGGCUUCCGUCGAGCGACAAUGGCCUCGACGGACCGCUGGACGAAUGCUGUCUGCUAGAAUGUGGGCUGGACGGCUCACAUAUCUUACAGCAAGUCGAGAUCUACUUACCCAAGUCUGACGGCAAGUUCGAGGGCAUGCAAUUUUCAUUUGGCGACUUCCUCGUGAGCAUCUGCACGUUUGUAUGCCGCGCCAACACCCCCACGGGACUCAUCGUCGAAGUUCAGUACAUGCCGUGCUCGGCCGUGGGCGACGCCAAUCAGGACAAACUGCUGGACGAGUUCAUGACCAUCCUCGCCGACACCGCGCCGGACGCGGCGAGUCCGGUGAAGAAACCCAUUGCGAACGUUCUCGGACUGUUCCACAAACUCAAACUCGGCGACGAGUACAGCCACAAACACACGGCCAUCCAAUACGUCGCCGCGUUCAACCUGUUGCGCAAAUAAGCUAGACAUACUACUAGACCUACUACUAGUACUACUACUGCCCCGACCUCGAUAUUACGACUUCCACUUGACUUGCGUUAAAGCACAACCCCGAGACGCUCCCGCAGUCGAGUGAGUGGAAUGCGCUUCUGGGCUUCCCACACGGCGCGGCUGGCGCGCGUGUCCAAGCUGGACGUAUGCCGAUGGCAUUCG